UAUUAGUACAGGCCUAGAGCAACUCACUUUCAACUCCAUGCAGGUUUUCAGGUGUGUGGUGUGUGUGGGUUUCUGGGCGCUGCAUUCAAAUGGCGUCAGGAGAGUUUCUGAGCCUUGAUGAAAGGUGGCACACUCGCUGAAUUGUAGAAAACUUUCACAGCACCCACUGACAAAGGGCAUCACGUCAUUUUCUGGCCACCAUAGGGCCACCAUUAUCAUUUACAAAGAAAUUGCAGCCCCACCGAAAUCAUGGAAGCUGCAUUUGGCACACACAGAUGCUUCCUGUUCCCGAGUGCAAGUGUUUCGCAACAACUUCUUGGUGGUCCCGACCCCUUUCUGCAGCGCACCACCCUAGCAUCGAGCGUGCACUUUCCAUUAGGGUUCGGCACCAGGAACAUCCGUGAGAGCAAGUCAAGAGCGGAAUCCGCAGUGCGGUGCCAAUGCCGAGUAGGAGAGGGUUUGGCGAAGUUGAGUGAAAAUAGCGCGCAACGGCAUUGCGCUCAAGAGUUUCCACGUCUUUCUGAUGGUGAAGUGAGGUUGGGUUCUUGUUCGGAGUCCAGUGGUGGGGCAGAUGAGCAGCUUGAACGGUCCGAGCGGCUUGAAAGUUUUGAAACCACCGCCGCUCUCAUAGCGCCUGAAAGUCCUCUUGAGGAGGAGCUUGCUGAAACCAGUUUUCACAGUAGCGCUACGUCCUCACACCACUUAGGACAUCAAACCGCAAACUCUCAUCUAGACUCCAAAACCCAAAACCCUUCUUCGGACCUUAGAGAAGCAACCGCCGCCGAUGACGCAACAUCAGACUCUCCAAUCAGCCUUGAUGAAGUGUCCGUGGCACAGAAUGAGGCGUUCGAUCGGCGACCCUCAAAGCCGGUUGUGUAUAUAGUGGACAUAAUGCCAAUUUGUUAUCGAGGGCGGGGGCGAGGCAAGCUGGACCCCAGAGCAUGCCUGGAGUGGAUGGAGGCGCUGAUUGGCAUCUCAGGGGACUCGCCAAUCAUUGGGGUUUUGGACGGGGACAACGGCAAUGCGUGGCGCCGCGAACUCUACCCCGACUACAAAUCGGGUCGAAAGCUGUACCACCCAUGGCCGACAAUCGGCCACCGGCGGAACCGUCACCGCGUGCACAUUGACCCGUUUGAGAACAUGCCCAUGCUGGAACCCCUUUUCAGGCUUCUGAACAUACCGAUUGUCAAAGUACCCCACGCGGAGGCGGAUGACGUCAUUGCGACGCUGGCCCAGCAGGCCGUCGACAUGGGGCAUCGAGUGAACAUUGUCUCUCCGGACACUGACCUGCGGCAGUUGCUGAACGAGCGCAUCUCCAUCUGGGCGCCCCGCGCGGAGCUGAUGCGUGAAUUCAACUUCUUUGACGGGCGCAAGUUCGAAGAGCGGGUCGGGUACCCCCCCGAGAAGUUCGUCCUACUUCGCUGCCUUUUGGGCGACCAAUCGGACGCCAUCCGGGGCCUGCCGUUCUACGUCCCCGAAUUUGGACGCAACUCCGCGAUCAAGCUCAUCGAAAAGUUCGGGUCCGUCGCGGAACUUUUGGAGGCGGCGCGGAUGCGGACGAUCGGACGGCCGUACAUGCAGGACGCGGUCCUGGAGUACAGUCAGGUGCUGGAGCUGAACGAGCGGCUGAUCACGCUCAGACGGGACGUGGAGGGCGUAACGCUCGACCCCUCCUGGCUGCAACGCCGGGACCGGUCAACGGAACGGGACGCGUACAACGCGUGCAAGUACGGGGUGCGAGUGAUGAAGCGCGAGGGUCGGACGGUGCUUGUGCGUCCGAGCCCCGACGCGGACCGGAAGCUGUCCGGCGUGCCGAUCCCGCCCAAGAAGCCGCGGCCGCCCAAGGACCGCGCGCCGAGGUGGCCGCCGGGCUUCCAAGACUACAAGGGCCUCCUGCAAACCGCGUGCGUGCGCGCCAGGUGUCCAAUUCCGGAGUACUCGCUGGAAACGGAGGGGCUGGUCCACGAGCCGCUGCACAGCGCGACGGUUUCGGUGGGCGGUUUGGCGGUGAAAGGGCCGUACGAGAAGCUGAAGAAGAGCGCAGAGCACGGCGCUGCGCGGGCCGCGUGGGAGGCGCUCCUGCGGGAUCAGAAUGGCACGGAAGACUGGACUCUGGAACAGAAAGGGGAAGCCGUGCAGCGGGCUCUGCACGAGAGGGUACAUGGGGGUACAAUACUCGGGCUUCUCGAGGGCCAGCUACAAACACAUUGAGUUGCACACCGGAUAUCCUUCUCUUGCUUGUGUACGGUAUAGUGAUAUGGCAUGUGCUGACUGUUCCAUCAAAUGGUAUGCAACAUGUUGCUUAGCAUUGCACAUACACC